AGUAGAGAAUUCUACGACUAUCUCUUCUUAAUUAACUUCUGUGUGGCUCUCUCUGCUUCUCGUUCUUUUGUUUUUCUCUUUUGUGUGUGCUCUUCCUCCGCAUCCAAGUUUCUCUCUGAGCCACGCUCUUUACACUUAUGUUAUUCUGAUAGUAUCACCACUUUUGGUUACUGAAAUGCGGGCAUCUCAAGUGUGCUAUUAUUUUUUGUUAAGUUUAUAAGUCCCGAGUCUGAUUCUUUGGGCUGAAUGAACCUCCAUGCCUUUACUAGCUUUCUGCUGAGAAUUAACUACGAGCAUCUUUAUUGUGCUUGACUGCGUGAAUAGAUAUUGCCAGCGCUCAACCUUCCUUGCAAGGUCCUCUGGUUCCAGUGAGGGUUCAAACCCUUUUUUAUGGGCAGCUGUUAUCAAAUCCAUGGAAAUCCUCUAAAUUGCCAAAAAGGGUCAAUUUUAGUGUGGGACACCUGGAGAAUCCAAGUGGAAGACUUCAGAUUAGGGCUGUUGCUACCCUUGAACCCAAGUGCUCUGUUCCAAAAGAAGACCAACCUAAUAAAUCACAGCUUGGUGGUGAUUCAAGUCGUCCGUCAACUCGGCUUGAGUCCUUGAAGUCCGGAGACUCAGAUGAAGAACCGGACGAAAGAGAAAAGUUAAGACGGAUGAGAAUUUCUAAAGCAAAUAAAGGAAACACACCAUGGAAUAAAGGCAGGAAGCACAGUGCCGAGACCCUUCAGCGGAUAAGGGAGAGAACAAGGCUUGCAAUGCAGAAUCCUAAGGUCAGAAUGAAGUUGGUUAACCUUGGACAUACUCAGAGCAAAGAGACGAGAGAAAAAAUUGGAACUGGAGUACGAAUGGGAUGGGAAAAGCGCCGUGAGAAGUUGAUGGUGCAGGAAACCUGCCAUUUUGAGUGGAUGAACUUGAUUGCUGAAGCUUCCAGGAAAGGCUAUCUUGGUGAGGAAGAGCUACAGUGGGAUUCAUACAAGGUGCUAGAUGAGCAAUUGGCAAAGGAGUGGUUGGAAAGUGUUGAGCAAAGGAAAACGAUGCCUAGACCAAAAGGUAGCAAGAGAGCACCAAAAUCACUUGAACAAAGAAGGAAAAUUGCAGCAGCCAUUGCAGCCAAAUGGGCUGAUCCUGAUUACCGUGAGAGAGUUUGCUCUGGCUUGGCAAAAUUUCAUGGCAUAUCAGAUGGAGCUGAAAGAAAACCGAAGAGGAAGCCAACAACUAGUUCCCAGUUUAGGCAGAGUCAUUCAAAGAAGAAAGCUAAUGAAACUAACUAUUCUACUACUAGUGUGACUAUAAGCCCAAUCGAGCGGUUAAGGAUGUGUAGAAGAAAUAAACCACUUUAUAAGGAUCCUAUGGCAAGUUCCAAGCUUGAGAUGUUAAAGAACAUCAGAGCACAAAGAGCUGCUGAAGAAUUGAAGAAAACUGAAGCUGUUGAAGGAGCAAGACUUUUAAUUGCUGAAGCUGAGAAGGCUGCAAAAGCCCUUGAGAUUGCUGCAAUGAAGAGCCCUGUUGCUCAAGCUUCACUCAUUGAAACCAGAAAGCUUAUAGCAGAAGCAAUUCAAUCAAUCGAAUCGAUAGAGGGAGGAUUUGUUACAUCCAAUGAGAAUGGUGGAUAUAUUUCUGUUGAUUCAGCUGAACCAGUUGGUCAGGUUGAUAAGAAAAUGCAGUCAGAAAAAAGUACUUUGAGUCAAUCCGACCAGAAGGAAGUGAAUGGGAACCAAUUCCUUUCAUUAAGUAAGAACGAGGAUUUCAAUUUCCAUAACUUCAUGUUCCCAAGGAUAGUGAACGGUGACAGUGAUGAGCAACUUACUUCUCCAAGCUUGAAUAAUUAUAGCUUAUCAACGCUCGACUUUCAAAGUUUGAUUAAGGAGUCUGAUUCACCAAAGCAAUUCAACCAGUUGGAAACAAAUAGGAUUAUCAAUGGAACCAAAGUUGAGCUGAAGGACAGUAACGUGGCUUCUAAAGCAGUUGCUGCUGUAACCAAGAAAUGGGUUCAUGGUAGGUUUGUUGAAGUGACUGAAGAAGCUUCAUAAAUAUCAUAAACUAAGACAGGGAUCUUCAUCUGAGCAUCUUAAAUAUAUUGAGCGAUAUAUUGCAAAUGUAUUAUUACGCGAGAGAGUCCAACAAGCUUUCAAGAAUCGGCUUAGGUAAUUCCACUGCCUUAGUGGAGUGGAUACCCUAUUAUCAGCUAUAUAUAUAUUUAAUGUUUGAAAUUUACUCUGUUGUCAGCCUAUAUUUGACAUUUGCGUUUAUUACUGCGGCACUUGAAGCACAGAUGUAUAUUUCAGUACUUCAUUCAAAUUCUAAUAUUAAAUUAGUCGUAGAAAAGGUAA